AUGCCACGCGGACGUAAGUCUACAGCUGCGGCGCAUGUGCCCCGGGCGGAGGCACGAAUUGUCAUUGGGCUUGACUUUGGAACAACUUAUUCCGGCGUGGCCUAUUGUGACGAGAAAGGCGCCGCCGAAGGCACUAGCGGGGUUCAGCUCAUAUCUUCCUGGCCGGGACUGGCUACACACACUUCAACAAACGAGAAAGUACAGAGUCGAAUUGCUUAUGGCACGCCCCCAGAGCCUGACAUUAUUUGGGGAAACCAAAUUAAGCACAAUACGAAAGCUCCUAUCCAUUCUUGCAUGAAGCUUAAAUUGGAUGAGCGCCCGGCUCACAUUCGCCACUUUAUGGAAGUCCUUACGAGAGGAAUGGCUGGCAUGAACGUCAAGGAUGAAGACGAAAGUUCGAACGAGCCCCUUGAUCACCCGAGUAAAACACCGGUAGACAUGGUGGCCGACUAUUUAACCAAAGUUCGAGAAACAGCUUGGGACGUACUCGAGCAGCAGUACGGAAAGGUUCUUUUCUCGUCUAUGAGGAAGGAGCUUGUCGUGACUGUUCCAGCUGUUUGGUCUGAGCGAGCUAAGGACUUGACUCUCAGGGCUGUGAACCGGGCGGAUUUUGAUGCGUCUAGGAUAUCACUUGUGUCGGAACCAGAAGCCGCAGCCAUCUACACUCUCAAAGACAUGCGCGAAGGGCCCAGCCGGGAUGAUAUCAAAGUGGGGGAUGUCUUCAUACUGUGCGAUGCUGGUGGUGGUACCGUCGACCUGAUUUCAUACAAGAUCACACAGAUUGAGCCCGUUCUUAGGGUUGAAGAGGCAGCUAUCGGGAGUGGUGAUAAGUGUGGGGCUUCAUAUGUGGAAGCAGAGUUCCUUUCAUGGCUAGAGAAAUGGAUAGGGUCUGAAGCUUUCCAGAAGAUCCCUGAAGAAAAAAAGCGCCAUGGUAGCCAAAUGAUGAACUCCUUUGAGAUCAAUAAACAACACUUCUCUGGGGAUGAUGAUGAGAUAGAAAUUCGACUUCCGGCAGAGACUGGUAUUCAGAAUAGUGAGGAACUCAACAUAGAUGACCGAAUUCUGACUUUGAGCACUGCGCAAAUGAAGCAGAUCUUCGACUUUUGCGUUAGCAGUACUAUCAAGCUAAUCGACGGUCAGGCCACAGCGGUCAUGAAAGCUGGACUCGGAAAACCUAAGAUGGUACUCGUCGUUGGUGGGUUCGGGCGCAAUCAAUAUCUCUACCACAAAAUCCAAGAAUACUGCGUGUCAAUAGGGACUGAAAUCCGGCAGCCCAGAGCCCCAUGGUCAGCUGUCUCUCGAGGCGCUGUCUGUCGUGGUCUGGAACCAGCUUCAGGAGGACUUGUCGCCGUGCGCCUAGCCCGCAAAUUCUACGGCACCCCCGUCUCUACGAUGUUCCUGCCCGGUGUGCACAAGCCUGAGGAUAUGUAUAUUGACGGAUACACGGGGUGCAGAAUGGCUAAGAGCCAGAUGCGUUGGCUUAGCGAGAAAGGAGACCGCCUACCCGAAGCUCACCCGCGGAAAAUCGAGAUUCAGGUCUCGUUUUCUUUUCGGCCGGAAGAACCUCGUCAAGUUGGAGUCCCGCUAAUUGGGUGUAGCGAGGAUAAGGCACCAGAGCGCCUUGCAGAUUCAGGGGCUCAACCUAUUUGCCGAAUCAUGGCCGAUUUGAGUACCAUUCCAUUAUCUCAAUGCGACCAGAUGCUAAACCCUUUGACUGGCAUGGUGUUUUACAGUGUUGAUUUGGCACUUCAAGCCACUUUUUCCAGGGAAGUUCUGACUUGGAAGGUGCUGCACGGCGGCAAAGAAUAUGGCUCAGCCACUGCCACAUAUGAUGACUAG